AAGGAAAAUGUUAAGAGACUAUGCAUGUGCAUGCCCUUAUACAUACCAAACAACAGGCUGAAUAUGCUCUCAAGUUAACAGCGCAAAUAGUCUGCGAAUAAUUAAUUAUCAGGCUAAAGACUUAGGUUCAAUCCCCUUCCUCAACAUUUGUCAACUGUUCAAUGAUAAUUAUAAACAACAGCAAUAAUAAAAGAGCUGAAUAUUUAACUUCAGUCUGAUUUCUUUGUUGUUGCAUUCUCCCAUGUCUUGACCACCCUUAAGAACAACUUGUGGUUGCAGAAUUCAAUAACUUCAGAGCAAACAACCUUAAGAGGAUGUAAUAGUGUGUACCAAGAGGGCUCUACCAAGUAUCUGUCGCCUCGACAUGCACUCCUCACUACUGCUUUACCACAUCCUUCUGGGGACCCCAACGGAAUUAUAUCAUCGAAUAAAGCCUAGCAACAAAUUAACAACACUGAUGUAUCAGGACCGACAGCCUUGCCCAAUUCUGCUCUUCUUCUCCUUUCUUCCCGCUGCAGCCACUCGAGAGAAAAAAAAAGGGGAACCCAGCCAUGCCUUUGAGAAACCGGUGAGAUAAGCUUGGUUUUCUCCUUCCUUUCUUGCUCUAGAACACACCUAGAACCCAGAAAUCUUCCCCCCCUACUGGAAAAGCCGGAUCUGCCCUGCUCUGCUUUGUCCUUCCGCCGGCUGCUCUUGAUUGUGGGUGAUUUCUGGGCAUAUUUUUCGGUAAGAACAGCCCCUAAUUCCUUUGUUCUUGCUUGAAUUGGCUUGGGUUAACUUUGAUUGCUCUUAUUUCCUCCAAUUUUUGGGUAAACCCAUGAGCUUUCCCUGCAGCUUGCCGCUGGCCUCUUCCCCCAACCUGCAGUCCGGUUUUGCUUGCAAAUUCUGGUAUGUGACAGCCUUUUGAGGCUUAAAUUGUCCAUUUAGUUUGCUGCCUUGUAUGUCCGAAUUGUGUUGGAAAAAUGGGGGGAAUUCCGGUAGCCUUUGAACAUGUUUUAAGCUUGGUUUAAGUGUAAAUUAGCUUGAUUUAGAUUGUUGUGAUUUUUGGAGAGAAAACCUCGUGAGAUUAUCUAGUGUUUUGGCCAAUUUUGGAAGUGCUGUUACUGUUCACGUCGGGGUCACUGUUCACCGGCACUGUUCACAGGUUACUGUUCACACCCCGAGGGCCAACUAUUAACGGGGAUUUAAGUGAUUAGUUUGUGAUAUAAGAACGAAUUUGGAGAUAUUUGAUCAUGUGGAGAUUGAUAGGAAUAGCAUCGGGAUUAAGAGUGAUCCUAAUAAUGAUUUCAAUUUGAAUUUGUGGUGAUAUGAUAAUUAAUUGUGGAUAUUUUGAUUAGGUUCUUGAUCGUCCUGUUAGUUUAGUACUUGAAUUGAGUGCUCGGUUUUAUGCAAGUGAGGUAAGUAAAAUUAUGGUAACGCCCUUUGAUUUUAAAAGCAUGUUUUGAUUUGUUUUUGAAGUGGUGGCGGGACUAAACCCGUUUUAAACGAGCAUGACUGAUUUGAAGUGAAAUGUUUUAUGCUUUUCAUUAAAUUGAGCAUGCCUAC